UUAUGACUGCGGCUGUCAAAAUGGAAGAAAUACAUAGAAUCAGUGGGUGAAUUUGUCAGUUUUAAAAAUUGUUUAAAAAUUGUGAAGUAUAGUUCAGUGCCAAGUAUUAUGUCGAAUUGAAUAAAUAUGGCUCAAAAUUUGCAAAAGAAGCCCUCAAAGGGCAUCCUGAAAACAUCGAGAAGCAUCGACAAUCAGGAUGGAGGGCCGUCGACUAGUAAACGAGCGAAAGAGCAGAGAUUUGAUGAAAUGAAUAUUAUGGAGACGUUUCAUCCGCCGAAUAAGGAUUACGGGCAUAUGAAGGUGGAUGAACCGAAAACGCCUUAUUCCGAGACCAUAGAUGGUGACUUGGAGCCGAGCGAUGAGUUGGAUGCAAACAUUUUAGCAGCCAAAUUAGCAGCAAGUAUGAAUAAGCCUCCAAAAUGUGUAGAGCCCUGCGACAGUGACGAGGAGGAAGAGUCCGAGGAAGAGCGGCAGAAGCGGCUCGAGUUCGAGAAAAAGAGGAAAAUGCAUUACAAUGAAUUUCAGGCCUUACAGCUGGCGAGACAGCUGAUCGCGCAGGAGGAGGAAGACGACGAAGACGACGAGAAAGCAGACGCAGCGGCUACUUGACUGACACGGCUGGUUGUUUAACAUGCUAAGUGUUCCAGCUGGGUUCCAUAGUAUGACUUCCGGCUUAUGAGACAAUACGAUCGGACAAGUUGUUAAUUAUUUCCAUAGGCAUCCAGUGUUCCUGUAUCGCAGUAACAAAAUCAUAAGUGCUUGCCUUACUAUAGUUUUGUCAUGAAUAUUUAUGAAGGUCUUCAAUUGAAUGGACGAUUUUGUUGUCACAAAGUAACCCACUUAAAAUAUCUAAUUUAUCUUCAG